AUGACGUCUUCCCAGUUCGCCCGCCCGGCGUAUGAGAUCAAGUCCCCAAGGCUCAUCGUUCGGACCGCAACGGAUUCGGACGCGAACGCUUUCCACAGCCUCAUGACAAACCCCGAGAAUUUUCCUUUCGGGGAACCCGAAACCAAUCUCACGAUCGAAGGACUCCGUACCCGCAUCGGCAGAUUCGCCGAGUUCACUGCCAAAGGAAAGAACGCUUUCAUGGUCGUCACCCUCCGAGAGACGGGCCAGCUCAUCGGAUACGGAGGUUACAACACAUUCGAGUCCGUAGACCCCGUCGAGUUCCUCUCGGAGACGACUCUCUCGCCGGGCAACAAGUGCAUGACAGACUUUGGCAUCAUCAUCGACCACGGUCACUGGCGGAGAGGCUACGGUUUGGAGCUGGUCAGCGUGUUGGUAGAGUACGCUUUUGUCGAGCUUGGCUGCGAGCUUUUCCGGGCCGAAACAGGCGACAACAAUGAACCGUGGCGAGCGCUCAUGCGGGCGGCGGGCCUGGCCGAUAUCGAGGGGAGAAACCAAGCAAGUUACGAUGCCAAUCAAGAAGUCUGGGUAUGGAAGUUCGACAUAGGACACUGGAAGCGAGCGAAAGAGAAGAUGCAGGCCGAGGGCAAAUGGCUUCUUUGA